GUGUCGGCAGUUAUAGCUAUAGCCAUAAACCAGAUAACAAGCAAAAUGGCCAUGUCCAAUGGCACCAGCUUCUACAUUUUGUCCGUCUAUUCUAAUGCUUUGGCCGCUCUCAUUCUUUUCCCUACCUCCUAUCUCUUCCAUCGGUACGCAACACGUUUCCAUUUUGCCUUUUUUUUCUCUAUUUAUGGCUGAUGGUUUCAUUCUUGGCAGGUCAAAGCGCCCCCCUUUAUCGUUCUCGGUGCUCUGGAGGAUUUUCUUUCUUGCUUCUUUUGGGUUGGUGGAUCAAUUUUUGAAUUUUGUAUUGACUUCCAUCUCAUGACAAAUGUUGUUUACUUCACUGUGUUUUACAUGCUAGAUUUCAAGAAUAAAUUUUUUUGACUGUGCUAGCUUAAUUACCAUGGUAAUAGCAUGAUCAGAUGGGGAGUUAUUUCCGCAUCAUAUUUUAAUGACACUAGUUUUUUUAUGCACAUUUUGUUCAAUGAUUCAUUCAAUAUGUUUUUAUCUCAACAAAGACUGACUAGUGCAGCGGAAAGGGAUGGCAAAGAAUUUAUGUUUAAUACUAGUGUGCUUAUUUGUUGAAUCUUUUGCCAAAUUAUAUGCUAAAGUUUACUGCUUCUUGACUUUGGUAAAGAAAGGCUUCAAGAUCAUACCAUUUGCUAGAUGAACUCGGAUUUGGCACUUAUGGAAGACAAGGAUGCUAAUUGAAUUUAUGGAUUUUUUGCUGCUAGAUGUUUCUCAGAAUGGUUAAUGAAACUGCAUAAUUUCUGCUUUAGACACAUCAUCAUUAUUAACAAAAUGUGCAAUCAAGAGUAAAUAAUUUUUUUUUGAAUAAGACACUUUGCCCCAUUCUGAAUCAAGAUUUGUUGGUGGAUGAUUAUUAUUGGAUGAAUUCUCAACUACUAGUAAUUACGGAAUCAAUUAAGUUAAUAUUUACGUCACAUUUGGAUGUGAACCUUAGAAUUAGAUAUAUAACCAAUGCUUUAAAAAAGAAGUCUUAAUUGCGACAUUAAAUCUUUUAGUUAAUCAUACUCUCUGUACUAUCACAACUCACAAGCAACAUUGUUGGAUUUCACGAAACGAAACCAUUUGAGAUAGUGAAUAGUGUGUGGGAGAGAGAUGGGGAUGAUGGAGGCGCUUCCAUACAUAGGAAUGGUGGUGGUGCAGUUUGCACAGGUGGUGAUGUUGUUAGCAGCGGAAACUGCCAUAGCAAACGGGAUGACUACUUUCGCAUUCCUCUCAUACUCCAAUAUCUUCUCUGCAAUUCUUCUUCUUCCCAUUUGUUUCUCCAUUUACAGAUCCGAUCCUCCUCCUCUCCUGCCGGCCUUCUUGUGUGGCUUUUUCCUGCUUGGAUUCAUAGGAUUCACGGUGCAGGUGUUGGGGAUGACUGGGCUUAUAUUCAGCUCCGCAUCACUCUCCACUACAAUACUCAACCUCAUCCCAGCCUUCACCUUCGUCUUCGCCGUUAUCCUCAGGCUGGAGAAAUUCAACUACAGAAGCUCGACUAGUUUGGCGAAAUCAAUGGGCACCGUGGUCUCGAUCGGGGGAGCGGUGGUGGCGACUCUGUACCAGGGGCCUUCCCUUUUGGGGAAUUCCAGUGAUCUCCUGACGGCAGUAUCGUCUACUUGGGUGGUCGGGGGGCUGCUCCUGAGCUUGGACAGCGCUGCGGCGGCGAUCUUAAUCAUUGUGCAGGCGUUGGUGGUGAGGAAAUGCCCUGCUGUGCUCAUUCUCAUGCUCUUCUACAGCUGCUUCAUCGCCGUUGUAACGGCUGCGGCGUCUGCGAUCGUGGAGAAAGACCUUGACGCUUGGAGCCUCAACUCCACAGGGAGGUUUAUUCCUGUUAUAUUAUCGGGGCUAUUUGGGAAUGUAUUUCAACUAAGUAUAGGGAUGUGGUGUGUGAGAAGAAAGGGUCCUGUGUUUACGUCCAUUUUCCAUCCAAUUGGAGUCAUCGUUUCCAUCGUAGCGGGCGUCCUCAUCUUGGGAGAGACCGUCUAUCUUGGAAGUUUGGUCGGAGCGAUGGUGGUGAUGGCGGGAUUCUACGCUGUGUUGUGGGGAAAAGCUAAAGAAGCGAAAGUGAUUGACAAUGAGGACGGGAAGACUACGACGCCGCUGCUGCAGGAACAGGGACAGGAACAGGGCCAACUAGCUUGAUAUAUGCAAAUCUAUAUUGGGAAAAAACGCAAUUACUAAGGUGUUCAUCCAUCCCAUUUUCAGUGUCCAUUUUGAAUCGCACUUCAAUUUUUAGUCAAUCUUUCCCUUCAUUAUUUUUCCUUAUUCUUGACUACACUAAUUACAUUUGUAUUAUUGUAUACUCCUACCUAACUUUUAUAAAAUACAAGUAUCAAAGUGACAAAGUUUGUAGAA